GGGAGGCACGCUAAGAACAGCGCCUGACAGCCCUGUGCCGUGGGCAGGGGUGCCACCCACUAGGCCAGGCUGCUCAAAGCCACAUCCAGCCUGCCUUUGAACUCAUGCCGGGAUGGGGCAUCCACAGCUUCUGUGGGCAGCCCGGUGCAGCGCCUCGCCACAUGAGCCAUUUUACCUACACCCAAUUCACACCAAAAUCUAGCGGGAGAGAAGAACAGACGAGCCUAACAAAUGCCGCAGCCAGGAAGGAAAGCAGUGUAGCUCGUAGCCGCACUGCUUUAGCGAGCUGCGGGGAGGAGAGCACCCCCAGCUUCUCGUUGCCCACUCCCGCUCCUGGCAUUGCCCCAGCGCUGUCCCUGGCAGGCCCCUGCCCCAGCACAGCCCCGCUGCCUGGGCCGGGAGCGUCUGCCCCGGAUUCCUGCAGCACACACCGCUCCUGUGAGCGACAUCUACGUGUCUGCAAUGUCUUGGGACUCAGGAGUUUAAUUAAACACCCUUCAGUUUCAUACUAUGGGGAGGAACCCAAACCAAAGACAGGGUGGAUUACUGACCGUGGUGAAAGGCAAGAAAGAUGGCUGUGGGAGACGCGCACACAGUACGGUGCUGCCCACCCUGCCCUACUAUUUGUGGCAGGGAGGCAUUCACUCCUGGCACCUUUCCUUCCCCCUACCCUGGCCCAGCAAGUGCCACAGGGCUCGGGGAGGGCUGUGGUUCCAGCACAAAAAAAAGCCCAGCCGAGGAGAAGCCGGUUUUUGGGUGCUUUCUGGCUCUUGCAGGAGAGGGGGCCCGCGGCCUGCUGCCAGGCUGGACGGCACCACGCAGCAGCAAGAACCAGGGAAAUACAAGCAGUUGUCUGUAUUGGGAUUCCUGUUUCAUCUUGGAUGAUUGUUCACCUCAGGAGUGUACUGUGGAUCCUCUUCCUUCCCAGACUGAACUACAUGUUUGGAGAAACCAUUGUGAUUUUAAAAUCUCUCAGAAAGAAUUCAAAAUGGAAAUCAGAAUGGUAAAAAAUGGUGCUAUAAACAGUGAAAUCAGCUGAGGAAGUGGCAGAUACACCUCAGUAAUAUGCACCACAGAAGCUGUGGAAGGAGUCCAGCCAUUCCUUGAAGCAUUAGAGAGCAUCAGAUUCCUGCAGGUAAGUGACAGUGGUGCUAAGACAUCAGGGUGUAAGACAUCAUUUACACCCUUCCCAGCAAUUCUGCAUGAUUGCAGUGACUUUGCUGUUCCCAGCAUAUUUGAUGUCCCUGACAAAAAUACCUAUUGGGACUUGAACUUCCACCAUUGUGCUCAUUCACUGUUGUGCCACCAGCAGCUGCAGUUUUCCUCCCACAAUGUGCUUGAUAUGCAUUGUGAAAUAAUGUGCUGUGGGUUAUGUUACAAGUAACAAAUUUUUGAAAACUUAAUAUUUCAGCUGUUUGACAAGCAAGAUUUUUCCAAAGUAAUAAGAACAGGUUUGUGUCCCAACACGCCUUAUAACCCCUUAUUUACAAUAAUAUGAGUAAAAAAAAAAAAUUCCUUUUGGGCUACAACUUCAUAUUUAAGUUCUAACAGAUGAGAUUCUGUUCAAACCGGAGCACUGUGGCUGUGAUGGACACAGAACAGGGCAAAGCAUAUCUGGUUUUCAACCUGAGAGGAAAUCUUCCCCCUACCCUGCCCCCCUCAAAAAUGUUUUCAAGAAAAGAUCAGACACAGGUUUUUAAUGCCUGGGGAAAAACAAAACAUGACCCACAAUAGAUUUAGGCAGUUCCAUUUUUGCUUACUAUUUUUAAAGGCAUACAUGUUAUUUAAAAAUAAUUAGGCUGAGCCAAUUUAUGUGCAAUGUAUAUAUUGCACAUAUGUCUAGAGAAAACCAGAAACAGGGUUGUAUAAUUGUAACCUUACUGCACUGGAGGCCUGGCAUAAUUACCAUUGUGAGAGAGAAAGCCAAGGAGAUUUUAUCUGUCAUAUUUAUUUCCCCCAUGUAAAUAUAUUAAAACCAAACAAAAAUAAACUUUUGAUGCACAGCUUAACCCAGUUUAUAUAGUGUGCAUUUCAUUCUUUAUUAUUAUUAUUAGUAAUAAUAAUAAUUUCCCACAUACUCAUGUGCAGUAAAGCGCUUGAGAUGGCAAUCUGGAAGGCUGUAUUUUCAGCAGCUGCGAAUUUCAUCUGAUGCUCAACAAAAAAAGGCAUCUUCAAAUAUGCACAGGAAUGAUUCAUGGAUUUUAUCUCUGAAUGGCAAGUGAGGCUGCAUGGGACAAAAGUACAUUUUACUGUAUAAAUGUGAGCAUGUGUAUCUGCAUAGUCUUCUGGCCCUUUAAAAGAUAAUUAUCCAGUAUAAUAAGGCUGUUGUCUAUGUGUAAUAUCAUCAUAUGUAAUGAAUCGUAGGACUAAAUGUCAGGAGCAAAGUCUAUUGAGUCGAGAUCUCCCAGAGGCUUUGCUGGAGGCUGGGCUGACACGUGACUGAUGCUUUUCUGUAUCCUCAGAUUCAACACCAAGGCCAACUUUACUUGUAAAGAAAAGAUCCAGUUAAAUAAAAAACAUAUGAACCCUGCUAAAAUAAUACAAUUUGAGUAAAUCAAUGCCUUAAGACUUUCUCAAAAGUAUCUUAAGAAACUCACUGGAAAGGAACCUUGCAUUUCUAGUGAGCAUUCUAGUCCCAGUUAGGGACUUUAACACACUCCACUCUAUCUUUGUGAUCUUCCAGGAGGUGGGAUAGAUUUUCUCCACAUAGAGCACAAGUUUUCAUUUUUGCAGCACAUUGUAAACACACUUUUCAUACUAAUGCCUUGUUUUGUUUCGGUUCUUUUCAAAGAUUAUGCAUUAGUAAUUUGUGCAUCACAUGUUGGCAAGCGGAAUCACAGUGUAUUAUGCACACUACUAAUGUGAGACAGAAACCUCAGCAUAUUCUAGCUCUCUUCUCAUAUCUUGUUAGCAUCUGUUUGUGGUAGGCUGGGAUGAUGAGGUGCUAAUAUGAUACAGUGAAGGAAGUGUAAUCCAUGAACAUUUUUGUGUCACAUUUGUGUAAUAUAUUACACUAAUCCAACCAGACUUUCAUGUGCUCUUGCCCAAGGAAUGCCAUUCCAGCCUCCUCCCUUCCCCCAUCAAUGCCUUUGAAGGUUUGUGAAUGAUUUCCUGUACACAGGCUGUGUAAGAAUGUGCUCAAAUUCUUUCCCCAGCUGAGGAAGGAGUUCUUUUUAUGCCCACUUACUUUCAGGGUAACAAUGAACAUGAACAAAUUCAUGAACAAAUUGCUCUAAAGAGGGAAGCAUGUUCAAUUAUACUCUUCUUUCUCGGCUUAGAGGUAAAUGAAGUAGAAGGUGCACUCUUUCCAAUAAGCAUCGGAUCCACACAGAGCAUUUGGUGCAGUGUCUAGGGGCUGGUUUUGAACAGCACCUUUCUGCAGCAGCAGCCUGCAGUUUGCAUUGCAGUAAGCAGGAUGUCUGAACUGGCAGCCAUGGUUUCCUCUCAAGAGGUACCAUCAACCAGUGCCAUCCUGCACACUAGUUCCAAUUUUUCACCUUGUUGGCCGUACACAACUUACUAGGUCUAGUUUUCCUGUCCAUGGUAAGUUUUGCCCUGGAUUAUUCUUCAGGUGAUAUCUAUUUAUCUAGAUAAAUCUUGCUAUUUAGGUGCUUAUGUAGGUUUAACACAUUGGAAUACUACUCCUGACUGGAACUUCCUGCCAGACUGUGAUGGAAAUAAAUACAGUAGCAAAGUGAAAUCAUAAAUUCCAAAAUUGCAUUAUAGUUAGAGUAUAUAAUUCUACAUCUUGCCUGCCUGAUUCAGGAAGCAAAAGUCUAGUAAAAGUCUGGAUGGAAGACAUGAAAUUAGAAAGCCAUCAUGGUUUUGGCAAGUCACUGGGUAUUUCUCUUCUUUGUGUAUCCACAGCCUCAAUUAGAAUUUAUAAGGAGUAGUGUAAGAAACAUAUCCAAUAGUGAAAUCUGACUGGACCGUGAAGUCACCUGAGACUAGAAUGUAGCUCUGACACCCAUUGUAUGAUGUAACUCUUCAGGUAGGUCAUCCCGUAACUUCCCAAGGGCUACAUGCAAUGCAGGUUCACAUAUUGACUAUCCCUGUGGUGGACAAUGCAACAAAUGCUCCUUCUACCAUAAGAAAAUUAGUUUUUCUGGCUGGUAUUAUACAUUUUUGCCCAUUAGUAAGGCUGCAGCUUCAGGAAACAGCAUCUCAACAGUCUUGGCAAUAGGCAGAUGACUACUCCUGUUGGAAGAGCAAGGAGAAAGUGGGUGCACAUGUUCUAAUAAAUUAGAUGGUGUCUGUAAAAUUUCAUAGCUCUAAAAUGCAGUCUUGUACACUGUCAGGAUGUUGACAUGGUUUGCCUUGUACUAAAAAACAUUUUUUGAGCAACUCUCAAACAACAACCACAAAAUGAAAUUGGAUAACCUACCCAGCCCAGGAUAGUUAGCAGACUUCUGCAUUGAACUACAAGCAGCUCUUUGAAUUCCUUCCCUGGUAGUUCCUGCUUGAUUUUCUUCUUCGUUUUUAUAUUUUAACAGAUAUGUCAGGAAGAUUGACUUGCAAUCAUUGAUUGCAAAGUGAAGGUGGGUUUAAAAUUAUUUCUCCUUUUGUUUUGAGCCAAAAUUGGGUAGUAUUAUAGUUGAAUUACGUGGGGAAUAUUUAUCUAGAAUAACACAGCAUGGCAGCAUAGCAUCUUAGGGUGUCAAAUUGCCUGAGUGUAAACUUCUGCAUUCUGGACCCAAACUGUGGUCCUAUGAUGCUUCUCAGCUAUGUUCUGUGGAUCACACUCAAAACUCAUCCACGAUUUCUGAUUGCAAUGAUACCCAGCUGAAAAUGAUCCCCUCCUGAACUUUGGUGGGCUUUCUGUUUGCUUGGUUGUUCGUUUGCUUGGAUUUUUUCUUUUACUCAUGAGAAAAACCAAACCAACACCGUAACGCAGAGUGAAAAAGCGCCUGUCCUGGACAGUGACCAGAGUGACCAUUUGUGUCAUGCAGCACUUUUGUCCUCAAAACAGGAAUAGAUACUGCAGUGCAAAGAUAAGCCAUGCUCAGCUCUUCCCUAAGGAAGCAAUCUGUACAUUGUAGUAUUUUGAUUUCAUGAAGCAUAAUAAUAUUAGUUAUGAGAAUUAAUCUGAGCAGAAAAUGACAAAGACCUCAAGUAAAGUGUUUGAGGGUAAUGCUGAUGUAAAAAACACAAGUAUGUACUAAGAGUACAUUAACUUGUUAUUACAGUAUGAAAAAAUAACAUAUUUUUAUUUCAUGUACUGACUUCCUAUUGAUAUGGUGGGGAUUUGAGCAUAGUUUACUGAAUGUCCUGGUAAAGCAAAGAUGAAUAAAAUUAAAAUAAAGAAUGUAUAAAUUGUAAAACAGAAAAAAAAUGGAAGAGACAGAAUCUUUCAGAGUCCCAUGAGCUGUUCUUAAAACAUUCUUUUCCUAAGAAUUACUCUUUUACUUAUGUCUUUCCCUGACAACAUUUUGCUUUUUAUCUCAUUUUAAUAAAAAAAUAGCAUUUGAAAGCAUCUCAGAAUCCAGCAUCUCAGCCUCUGCCUUUGUUGUUUAAAUUACAAAAAGAAAGGAAAAAAAAGAAAAGCCAAAAUCCAAACCCAAAGCCUUUCAAGAGAACCUGAUCAAUGUGUUUAGGGCCUUGGCUUUAUGAUUCAAAGCUUCUUCAACAGCCAUUAAAAUCAGGAAUCUUGAUCAUCCACUCCAAAAAAAAGCCAUUGUAGCAGGACUCCAGUGCAAUAACAGAGAACAAUACUUUAUCUGAUGCUAUCUGUUGUGAAGUGGAAGUUUAACAACAGUAGGAAAAGGUGCUUCCCCCAGGCUUUCCCUGAGCCAGUGUGUGCUUCUUUUCACUCAUCUUGGAAGACUUGAAAGCAGGAGCAUUCUGGAAAGGUCAAGUGUUGGGCUGUUGAGACUAUGAAGAUGAUGUGACUUCUCAGAAGGCCUCUCCAGGCCAUGUGCCACAAGCAAAGGAGAAAAAUGGAGGUACAAAGAGACUCUGCAGUGUAGAAUGAUGCUGGAGGGAUGGAACUGAGUUGGUAGGAACUGCCUAGAAGGAAGGGGUGCUUAUUCUUCAGAUACCAAAGAGAUAUUACCAUUGCUGCCCAGCUGAGAGUUUUGGAGCAGGGCUGAACAGAAUUACUUCAAUAUUUAUAAAUGCAUUGGGAGGAAUGUGUUGUUUCUUUUUCAAAGUUUCCAAUGAAGAUAGUGAAAAUUGUUACUUAGUUGGGAAAAAAGAGAGAAUUGUGUUUAGAUGCUCUGGUAGGUUAAUUAUUUACAGGAGUUAAAAAAAAACCCCACGACGUCAUGUGGAAAACCGUGCCUUUCCAGAUUGGCUUUGGACAACAUUUGUUUGAAUUUUCAGUUUGUUACUUUUUCUCUCAUGCUAAUAAUAUAUAUCUAUGGAAGAAAAUGUUUUAUCCCAGUGUCUGCUUUUUAGUAUUUGAUCCUAAAAGGUAUGUAGUAAGAAGAUCUUUUUCCAGGUCUUGGGAGAAAAUGAGACCCCUUUUGGCCAUCUAAAAAUUUGAAAAUACUUGCUAUUACCAUGAUGAAAAAAAUUCAAGUGCAUGUGGAACAGAGAUAUUACACUGUUAAAUUAUUUUAUUUCUGGUCAGCAUAAUUAUUUUCUGGAGGCAGACAGAAUUAAGGAUAGCUGUUGACCACAGGUCUGUUUUAAGAUCUGAAUUUCCUAAAUGUUGCUGUUCUGUGACAUCUGACAGACAAUAGAAUAGAAUUAGUCUGUUAUCUCUAUAAGCUCUUUACUGAUAAGCAAGGCUUCUUUUAAAGAUUAAGCAUGUGUCAAUACAGUUAAUAUUCAAAGUAUAUAGGCAAUCCUAUCUGCUGGGAAAAAGAGACCUUUGGAAAUACUUUUGUAUUGUCUCUGAUGUUUGAGCACACUUUAGGAAAGGAGUUUCCUAAAGUUAUAAAAUGACGGCUUCAUUAGCAGUACUGUCAACAGAGGGUAAGUGAUUUGUUUAAACAAUCAAACACUAGACUAAUUAGCAUUAUAGUACAACAUUCAGGAAGUCUUCAAGUCCUAUAAAUAUGUGUAAGACAUGGGAAAUUGGUCUUUUGGGGCUGAUUCGAUAACAGGGGAGUCCAGAUAAUUAAGUUUGUGCAGUAAAUGAAAUACAAUAUAAAGCGAUUGGAUUGUAACAUAUGCAGUCAUCCUUGGUGUAGAUUGGUGUCUGCUUGAAGGGCUAUUGAUAACCUAGCAUGACAUAUAGGAAAUCUCAUAAGUAAAAUUUAAAGAUAGAAAGUUCAGAUAAGACAUCACAUUUUCCCUUAAAAUUAAGAAAAGGAAGUUUCAAUAUGAAAAGGUGAAGUUAGAAUCAUUUUUCCACUGGAAAAACUGAAAAUAAAAAUAAAAAAAAUCAAAGGAAAACAGUCAAAAGAAAUUGGUAAUUCUAUGUGCAAGCAGUUAACAAUUUUAGGAAUUGUAUCUAUUGUCAAUUUUUUUUCUUUUUAAAUGAAGAUGUGCUGUUCUAUAUAGAUGAAACAAGCAUGGAAACAUCUGCAUUCAUGUAAUAUUUUAAUAUUUAUGUAUACUAUAUAAUUUAUUAUAUAUUAUUUAUGUAAUUUAAAAUAUU